GACGGCGCGAGCGCAUUGCAGUGUUGGGCGGGAUUCUGUAGCGACGCAACGUUUUGCGACUUGAAACUGUGAAGUGUUCAUAGAAUAAAAAUAAUUUUGUAUAUUUAUAAGCUUAAGUGAAGUAAAAAAAUAAACCUUACAAAAUGAAGUGGCGUCUAUUGAUGAUGAUUUUGCCACUUGUAAUUUCUACAACUGCAAUCAGAGUCCCUGUUGAUACUAAAGACGGCGCCGCAUCAACUCAACUAUCGAAUAGUACAACUCAGUCAGAGCAACAUCCAAUAUAUUAUGAGACAGAUGGAGAAGAUCACGUAGACAGUUAUCUUAUCCCGCCUAGUCCUCACAAAGAGGAAGAAGUAUUACCUGAUUCAAUAGUCACACCAGCAAGUUAUCUCUUGCCACCAUCUAUAGAAAGAGAUAAUGAUUAUUACUAUGCACCUACAGAAUCCACUGGUCAGUCAGACUGGUAUCCUAUCGCUCAAACAGAGCCUAACGAUCAACCACCUAAAUUAUUGCCGUUGCGUCAUCAAAAUGCUCCUAUACCGAUAUUUAUGCCUAAUGACAAUCAAUCCGGGCUAUAUGAAAUUUACCAGCGCUCCAGAGCAGGAAAAGGGCAAAUACGCAUACCAUCUUUACAACUGGAACCUCCAGCAGAAGAUGCUCCCAAUGAAUUCUUUAUUCACGUUCCUUCUAAAGAACUAGAGUUACCGGCUGAAGAAAUAGAUCAACAAUACGUACAGCCCCAUGAAGAUUAUCCAGAUUUCAAAUUUCGUAUCAAUGGAGGUGAACAUCCAACUAUUGCUUCACAUUUAACUCCACCAAGACCGGUGAUUCGUAAAUUUAAAAAUCCCACCAAAUUAUAUCCUAAGAAAUAUCCUGGAACUUUCAAGCCUGUACCUAUUCCGAUAGCGCAAUUUGCUGAUGAUUUACCGCUAGAAGCACCAAAAGCAAAACCUAUUAAGUACUUCAAGCCUUCAGCGGGAAUUGAAGGUCCAGCUGUGAUACCGACAGAUGAGAAGAAGAUUUAUUUAUUCGAACAAGCAGAGGAGAAGCGUAAAUUCCAAGAGGAAAAUGAUGCACACCCGGAUCAAGACGUGCCAGUGGCGCCCACAAAUAAUUACGACGUAGUCCCACCCGCAGAACAGGACGUGUCGGAAACGAACUACGGUUACCCCGGACAUAACAUUUACCGCCCGCCGCCAUCAGCUCCUCUGAGGUACAGACAAGCUCCGCAGCCAGCGCAAGCACCAGCACCCGCGCCUCAGACGCAGCAACAGGGCCCGCCGGCGCCCGAUGACCGCACCGAGUUCCGUAUGCACGGCAUGAAGGGCCCGCACAGUUACCAGUUCGGUUACGACACGGGGAAAGGAAAAAACCGCCAGUUUCGUUAUGAAGAGCGCGACAAUGACGGCCUAGUGCGUGGUCAUUACGGCUACAUGGACAAGCAUGGUAAAAUGCGUGUGGUCAACUAUCGUGCCCAUCCCGAGUACGGCUUCCAGGCAGAGCCACAAGAAGAACCACAGGCUGAGCCAAAGGUUGAACUACAGGAACAGGACAAAGAGCAUUGAUAUCAAAAAAAAUCUACAAUAAUGUACCAAAAAGCACCAAAAGUUGUACUGUAGCUCUUCAGGAGCUGCUUCGUAUUAUUUUCAUUUGAUACAUUCACAAAUUUCCAAAAAUAUAUUCCCUUUGCUCUUCCCAAUUUGAUACGUUUCGUUUUUAUCUGGUACAAGAAAUUACAUCUUUUAUUAUAUACGCCGCCACCGUUCUGAAUGUUACUGAGAAUUGCAAAUUGAUUUUUGACUAAUAAACAAGUAUAAAAUUUACUUCAAUAAUUUAUUCAGAGAAAAUGAAAAUUCAAUAUUGAAAUGUUUAACGGGGUUAAUUGGUUGAAAGGUCUUUGCACAAUAUUCUCCAAACACAGCCAUUGCUUAAUCUCUCUCAGUACCUUAAGACUUCUUGGGAAGUUAGGAAUGGUUCUAUAUUUUAGGAAAGUAAAACCAAAUGCAAUAAAAUUCAUGGCAUUUUGUACUUUAAUAUCUAUUUGUUGAAAUGAAAACUAUGAUAUUGAUACUUACAAUAAUGAAGUAAAAAUCUAUCGUCUCCUAGCCAAAAUAUUAGCAGGUAUUGCAACGUGUUUUAUAAUUAGAGUAUUGACUUUAAAUUACAAUCUAUAUCUAUUACAAUCUCUCUAGAUUUGAGUAGGCUAUUUUAACAGGUUUGUUCCUUUUAAUUUCCAUUCAUAUAAAAUAUCUAUUGUAGUCACUGAUUUGCAGUACAAAAUAAGCUUAGCACAUUAGGAUGCUUCAUUUUGUUAGGCAAAAAAGUAUUUUUUUGCCGAUAUUGCUCGACCCCCGAGACUCAAUGAUAUAAAACUUAUCCAUGCCGAAUUUCAAGAAGAUAGGAUAUCAUUUAGAGGUUACACAGAUUGAUAAUUUUUGAAUAAAAUAACAGAAUGAGGAAAUUUUUAAUUCUUCUUACAGUUUUUAAAAAGACUACAUAAAACAGAUAUUAAAUUAAAUUUAAAUAUAAAUUAAAAUAAAAGGGCAUUACAGUCGUGCUAUAAUAACCAACUUUGUACCAUACAAUUUCGCCGUGAAUUUUUCGAUAUUUUAAUAGUUAUUCAGUUUUUCGGGACGGAGACGAACCCAAAAAAUCAGAGGUCAUUAAAAUAGGUCCACCUGUUCUUGAGUUGUAAGUGGUGUAACGAACACGAAAUUUGUGUUAUAUAGAUUCUUAUUUGUAUAGAAUAUGAGGCAAAUCUUUACCAAGAAUUAAUCGAAGCCUUGCUGUUUCAUAUUUAAUGGCAUUGAUUUUGUAAAUAGAAUAAUGUGUUAAGAUUUUGAGAUUUGUCGUCUUUAAAUACUUUGGAUGAAAGAUCUUGAGUUUCGUAUUUAGAUCUUAAAUAUUUUGAAAGAUAAAACAUGAUGAUAAACAUAUCUUUUAUGGAGUUUAGGAUAAGAAAAGUGUGAUUGUAUAGAUAUUUUAUUUUAUUCAUAAGUACUGAAAAUUAGUAAUUCGAAUUUUUACAUUUUCCAAAUAUUAAGUAUUAUUGGGGGAUAUAAUGUUGAAUAGAAAUUUUUAAAUAUUGUUUUUAUUACGUUGAUUUAUUUAUAAGGGAUAAGAAGACGUGUAAAUACAGCAUAGGAUGGUAUAGGUGAAACAAGUAUUAUUACAAGAUUUCAGAAAAAAAAACAAUUAAUGCAUUUUGUUAUGAUUUUUGUCAUUAAGAAAACAACAGUUAAGAAACAUAGAACAUUGUUAAAAUUUCAUAGUUCUGUUACAAUAAUUUAUAUUUUUAAUGAUACUUGAAUGGUUAUAUAUAAACACAAAAUAAUUGUUAAUUAGUAUUAUUAUAAGUGUCAUAUUAAGUACGAUAAGGCGUAGUAAUUUAUAUUUUUAUAGAAUUACUAGUUAUUAAAACUUUUU